AUGAAAGUUAUUAGCUUUAUUGUGUUCUUCCUCAUUGCAUGCUUUCCACUAUCACAAGCUAUUAGAUCCAAUCCCAGUGAAGAUCUUGGUGCCGUCCAGGGACUGUUUAUCUUUGGAGAUUCAGCUUUAGAUGCUGGGCAAAACACUUACAUUCCAGGCUCUAGGAUUAUGAGUGCUGUUCCACCAUAUGGGAAAUCAUACUUUGACAAGCCAACAGGUCGCUGGACAGAUGGCCGCACAAUAGGGGAUUUUCUUGCUCAGGCUCUUGGGCUUCCGUUGCUUCCACCAUACCUCCGACCUGGAGCCAACUUUAGCAGUGGCGUCAACUUUGCAUCUGCCGGAGCAGGCUUGUUGGAUGCAACAAAUGCUCAUCAGGUUUUAAAGAAGCAGAGAACGCAUGUUGUGGUGGUGGUCCAUUUAACGCAGCAGAGUUUUGUGCUGAUGUUGAUAAACAUGAUUGGAAGCCAGAUCACAAGAACAAGUACCAACAAUUUAUAUGUAGCAAUCCAAAGGACUACCUAUACUUUGAUAGCAAUCACUUCACUGAAGCUGGCAAUUGGAUGA